UUCCGCUCUUCGCGAGUGUUUAUCAACGGUGUGCGCUUACUACUGAGAAACAUACUUAAGAUGUCGGGCAACAACGUGGAAGAGAAAGUGAAUCAUGCAUCUAACAGCAAAGGCAUCUCUCUUCCAAUGACUCGUGUGAAACUGAUCAUGAAAAGUUCUCCCGACGUCUCAAGCAUCAACCAAGAGGCUCUUCUCCUCACCACCAAAGCAACAGAACUGUUUGUUCAGCACCUAGCUCUGUCCUCAUUCAACAAUGGAUCAGGGAAAGACCAGACCCUCUUGUACAGUGAUCUGGCCAAUACUGUUGAGGAGAAAGAGACUUUUCAGUUUCUCACAGAUAUCCUACCAAAGAAGAUCUUGGUUCGGGAUUACCUGAAGCUUCUAGAAGAAAAUCCAAUUGAGGAAGCAGACAAUUGAAGCAAAACCCCUUGAAGCAACAGUGGUUGUAUUGCUAGCAUGGAGUCUGAAUAUUUUUCUCCAGCUCAUUCCUGAAGUAGACCACAUUCAUACCACUUCCAUUCAAUGGCAUUGUGUAGGCCUACGUCUUGAUCUGAGAUUUACUAGAGCAUAUUAUGUUUACUACAAUUAAGUUGCCUAGUCAUCUGCAUGCUGAGCAUCCAGUUUUGGGUCAGAAAGAAUCAGUAUGUGAAAUGACUACAGAUAAAGCGUUAAAAUCAUAAUUGUAUGUUGACUAUGAUACCCCCCGCCACAGCAAUAACCUGCUGCCAAAGAGAAUCUCUGUACUCCCCCAGGUUUUUGAUGCCAGCUGAUGCAAAUAGUGCACAGAGAUGAGGGCUUUCAUUUGUUUUGGGCAUUAUGUUUUACAGGAGACCUUGAAGCAAAGGGUGAACAGAUCAGGUGCUUUUUUUUUCUUUCUUUUUUUUUCAACAAUGUCUUCCAUACAAGCGAUUUAGUUCUCAGGUCGAAAUAAAUUUAGCUCAUUGGUUGUAUCCUUUUAUAAAGAGGAACAGCUAUUCACAGUCUUUGCUAAUGGACUUUAAUUUCUUUUAUUCAUAUACCCAAUGAAAUCUGCAGAAAUAUAGACAUGCAAACUACAGUGUUUGAAUGGGGUAUUUGACUAAGGAAUAUACAGACUUUAGAUUUUUGCUGUGUUUAGUGUGAUCUAUUUUCUUUACUAAUGGGUACUUUCAGUCCUGGGUGGCUGCAGGUAGCACUUAUUUAAAUCUUCUCUUAUUUAAUUUUUUGUAACAGCUCCUCCGAUUGCAAUGUAAGUUAUGCUACAGUAGGCAUUGCCAUAUUUUUUGGUUUUUCAUGUGAAAUCAUCAUACAGACUUACUACAUUUUAUUGAAUCAAAGUCAAAAUAUGCUGCUGUGUGUCUGUGUGCCAUGAAACUACAAAGCAAGGUCCUGUAAUGUGCUGUCUCAAGAAUGCACUGAACUAAGUAGCCUAACUGUCCAAUUAAAACAUAACUUAAUCAUAUUCUGUUAACUCAUACCCAAAUAAAUGUUGACUCAU